AUGUCGUUCGACAAAGUACACCAGGAGAAACAACGCAGGCUUUCAAAGGCUGUCGAGGAAGUGUGCGACGAACUCACGCUCACCUCGGAAAAGAUCUGCGAGCUCACUCACUUCUUCAUCGAGUCCAUGGAAAAGGGAUUGGGCGAGUCCAAGGAGGAUGCAUCUUACCGCGGGCUGCCAAUGAUCCCAACUUAUGUCACCGGGAAACCCAACGGGACCGAAAGUGGAGUUCUGCUUGCUGCAGACCUUGGGGGUACGAACUUCAGAAUCUGCUCGGUAGACUUGCAGGGAAACCACAAGUUUGCGCUGCAGCAGAUGAAGAGUAAAAUCCCAGACGAAUUUUUGGAAGACGACACGGUGACUAGUGAUGACCUUUUUGGAUAUCUUGCCCGCAGGACGCUUGCUUUUGUCAAGAAGUAUCACCCGGAAUACUUACAGAACAAGGAGGAACUUAAGCUCGGCUUCACGUUCUCGUACCCUGUUGACCAAAAAUCUCUCGCGUCUGGCACACUGAUCCGCUGGACGAAGGGCUUCAAAAUCAAAGAUACGCUAGGCAAGGAUGUGGUACAGCUAUACCAAGAAAGCCUUGAGGAACAAGGCCUCUCAAUGGUCCGCGUGGUAGCGCUGGCUAAUGAUACUGUGGGCACGUUCCUUUCACACUGCUACUGCUCUGAAAACACUGGGUCGCUAACUUCUGGGGAGAUUGUCGAACCUGUUAUGGGAUGUAUUUUCGGCACAGGGACGAACGGCGCGUACAUGGAGAAGAUCGAAAACAUAAAGAAGUUGCCCGAGGAGGUCAGACAGGAGUUGUUGCAAUCUGGGAAGACACACAUGUGCAUUAAUACCGAAUGGGGCUCUUUCGACAACGACCUAAAGCACUUGCCUACUACCAAAUACGACAUUGACAUCGACCAGAAGUUCUCGAGCAACCCAGGGUUCCACUUGUUCGAGAAACGUGUUUCUGGCAUGUUUUUAGGCGAGAUUCUCAGAAACGUCUUACUAGAUCUUUUCAACAAGAGAUUUAUAUUCACCCAAUACACGGCUGAAGAAAAGCUUCCUCAUAGGUUGAAGACUCCCUUUGAAUUAUCCUCGGAGGUCUUAUCCCAUAUUGAAAUUGACGAUUCCUCGCAAUUGCGCGAGACCGAGUUAUCUUUACUACAAAGCAUGAGAUUACCCACCACUUACGAUGAGCGUAUCGCGAUACAGAAUCUCGUCCGCGCUAUCUCGAGGAGGUCGGCUUACCUUGCUGCUGUUCCUAUCGCGGCGAUUCUGAUGAAGACAGGCGCUCUAAACCAGAGAUACCAUGGCGAAGUUGAAAUCGGUUGUGACGGCUCUGUGGUCGAAUACUAUCCUGGAUUUAGAUCCAUGAUAAGACAUGCAUUGGCGCUGAGCCCUAUUGGCCCAGAAGGAGAGCGGAAAACACAUCUAUGCAUAGCAAAAGAUGGCUCAGGAGUCGGCGCCGCUCUAUGCGCUUUAGUGGCAUAA